CUACUAUAGAAUCAAGGCCAACUAAAGCUAAAAGACAACAUUGUUAUUUAAUAAGAUACUAAUUGCUCAUGCUUGCUAAUAGACUUAUUAAUGGAGCAAUUUUUUUGUUCUUAAGUGUUGUCACUGCAGUUGUAUCUCAAGUGGAUCUUGUUACUGAAAAUGCGUUGGUAAUUUAUGAUAGUAAAUUUCAUAAUUUAGAUGAUUCUAAUUCAUUAUCACCUUCAAUUGCUCAAUUAAUUAAUAAUUUAGAAGGUCAAUAUAAAGUGAAAUAUCAUACUUAUGAUGAUCUUGAUAUUAAAUUAUUCUUUGAAGAUUCUCCAAGAUAUGAUCAUGUAGUUAUUUUACCAUCUUCAAAGAAGGCUGUACUUUCUAAAGAAUCAAUUGAUCAACAUAAAUUAUUACAAUUAAUUAAUGAAAAGACUAAUAUUCUUGUUGUUGGAAGUUCUCAAGCUAUUUUACCUGAAUCAAUUCGUGGAUUUUUAAAUCAAUUGGGUAUUUAUCCAUCUCCUAAGAAUUUUCAAUAUACUGAUCAUUUUAAUUAUGAUGGUAAUUUUGUAACUUUAAAUAAUGAAAAUUUAGUUCAAGGAAAUAGAGUUCUUAGUACUAUCCCUAAUUUAAAUUAUAAGGGAAGUGCUGCCUUAAUUUCUAAUAAUGAAUUAUUAUUCCCAAUCAUUCAAGGUUCUGCCACAAGUUUUACUGCUAAAUCUGGUAUUGAAAAAAUUACUGAAGAUACUACUUGGACUUAUGGAGGUCAAGGCUUCUUAGCCAUUGGAUUCCAAGCAUUAAAUAAUGCAAGAGUCACUUGGGUUGGUUCUGAAUCUUUAGUUACUGAUGAGUUAACUAACUGGACUUUCCAAAAGAGAGAUGUAUUGAAAUUAAGAUUCACAGAACAUGUUAAUAAUGCUGAACCAAGCAAGCCAAACCCAACAUUAUACAGAAUUAAAGAUCAAGCCAUUUACACAGUUGGAGUUUCUGAAUUAAUUGAUGGUAAGUGGGUUCCAUAUGAAGUUAAAAGUCCAGAAGAUCAAUUACAACUUUCAUUCAAGAUGUUAGAUCCUUAUCAAAGAUUAAACUUAGAACCAUUGGGUCCAGUUGCUGCUACAGAAGGCAGUGAAGAUUUAGAUGCAUUUGCAUACUUUGUUAACUUUACAGUUCCAGAUCAUCAUGGUAUGUUUACUUUUGAACUUGAUUACAAGAGAGUCGGUUUAACUUAUUUGGAAAAUAAGCAGGUUGUUACAGUUAGACAUUUAGCCAAUGACGAAUUCAAGAGAUCAUGGGAUAUUUCUAAUUCCUGGUUAUAUGCUGCUAGUGCUGCAUUGGUUAUUGUAGCCUGGUUUUUAUUCGUGGUCAAUUAUAUAUACGUCAGUAAGACUGAUCUUGCUAAGAAAAAUGUUUGAGUAUACGAUAGUAUAUAGAUAGCUCUAGAAAACAACUUAACGAAAACUAAAAUACAUAAAAUAAAGAUU